CUCUCUCUUAGUCUCCGCCCUCGAAUCCUGGCGACAGGCGCGGUGUGUUUUUCCGAGAGGAACCCGGCCUGGGGUUGCUAUGGAGAUAGGACGCAGCAACUCACAGAGCAACCAGGACCCAGAAAUCGCUUAAGAGACCGCGGCAAAGUAACUUAACUGAAUUGCCUUCUUCCAUAUUUUCACGCCCCUUUCAUCCAGAACAUUUUUUUCUCGAACUGCUUCCAUGGAAGGCUCAACCUCCCCGAAGCAAGAAAAAGAAAACCAAGAACUAGGGGAAACAAGGCGGUCAUGGGAAGGAAACACAGCAGCUUCUCCCCAAUAUUCUGAGCCUGAGUCGUCUGAGCCCUUGGAGGCGAAGCAGGGGCCAGAAACUGAACGCCAGUCCCGAAGCAGCCGUCCUUGGAGCCCGCAGUCUAGAGCCAGGACGCCUCUGGGUGGCCCCGCAGGACCAGAAACAUCAUCACCUGCUCCUGUCUCUCCGCAGGAGCCCUCUUCCACUCCUUCUCCCCUGGCUCCGGCCAGACAAGACCUCGCGGCACUACCUCAGUCAGACAGGACCACGAGUGUGAUUCCUGAAGCUGGGACACCUUAUCCUGAUCCUUUGGAACAGUCAUCUGAUAAAAGAGAAUCAACUCCUCAUCACACAAGCCAGUCAGAGGGAAACACCUCUCAACAGUCUCAGCAACCCAAACCCCACCUGUGUGGACGAAAGGACGUGAGCUAUAACAACGCUAAACAGAAAGAGCUGAGAUUUGACGUUUUUCAGGAGGAAGACUCAAACAGUGACUAUGAUUUACAGCAGCCGGCGCCUGGGGGCUCUGAAGUGGCCCCCAGCAUGCUUGAGAUCACCAUUCAGAAUGCUAAGGCUUACCUGCUGAAGACUAGUAGCAAUUCGGGCUUUAAUCUAUAUGAUCAUCUUUCUAAUAUGUUGACCAAGAUAUUAAAUGAGCGUCCUGAAAAUGCUGUUGACAUCUUUGAAAAUAUUAGCCAAGAUGUGAAGAUGGCACAUUUUAGUAAAAAAUUUGAUGCAUUCCAAAAUGAGAAUGAGUUGCUUCCAACAUAUGAAAUAGCAGAAAAGCAAAAGGCUCUUUUUCUCCAGGGACAUUUGGAAGGAGUUGACCAAGAAUUGGAAGAUGAAAUAGCAGGAAACGCUCUCCCAAAUGUAAUGGAGUCAGCUUUUUAUUUUGAACAAGCUGGAGUUGGUUUGGGCACAGAUGAGACAUACCGCAUAUUUCUUGCCCUCAAGCAGCUUACUGACACCCACCCAAUCCAAAGAUGCCGCUUCUGGGGAAAGAUCUUGGGUCUGGAAAUGAAUUAUAUUGUAGCUGAGGUGGAAUUUCGUGAGGGGGAAGAUGAAGAGGAAGUGGAAGAGGAAGAUGUAGCUGAAGAGAGGGACAAUGGAGAAAGUGAAGCUGAUGAAGAUGAGGAAGAUGAAUUACCAAAGUCCUUUUACAAGGCCCCACAGGCUAUACCAAAAGAAGAAAGUAGAACAGGUGCCAACAAAUAUGUCUAUUUUGUUUGCAAUGAACCAGGAAGACCAUGGGUGAAGUUACCACCAGUUAUACCUGCACAAAUUGUUAUUGCAAGAAAAAUCAAGAAAUUUUUCACUGGGCGAUUGGAUGCUCCCAUCAUAAGCUACCCACCUUUCCCAGGAAAUGAGAGUAAUUAUUUAAGAGCGCAAAUUGCCCGAAUUUCAGCAGGAACCCACGUCAGUCCUCUAGGAUUUUAUCAGUUUGGUGAAGAGGAAGGAGAGGAGGAGGAAGAGGUAGAAAGUGGGCGAAAUACCUUUGAGGAAAACCCUGAUUUUGAAGGCAUCCAAGUGACUGAUCUAGUAGAAUCCCUAUCCAAUUGGGUUCAUCAUGUACAGCAUAUUCUCUCUCAGGGUCGCUGUAAUUGGUUCAACUCCAUACAAAAAAAUGAGGAAGAAGAAGAGGAAGAAGAUGAAGAAAAAGAAGAGCCUGACUACAUAGAACAGGAAAGAUUCAGAAUAUACCCCCCUGGACAACACGGUUAUCCUCAAAUCUCAUUCCACAAUAUGCUAUUGCAGUCCUUCAAUCUAACCUUUGGCCUGGAGCAUAUGCCUUCUCCAACGGCAAGUAAGUAUCUGACCACUUACAAAGCCAUUUCUAUGAUUAGUUAAGCUCUAGAAAUUAUAAAUAACCACUAGAAUGUUAAGCUACUAUCGUUGUUUCUUUGUUUUGUUUUUUCCUUUUUUUUUUUUUGAGACAGAGUCUUGCUCUGAAACCCAGGCUGGAGUGCAGUGGCAUGAUCUCGGCUCACUGUAACCUCCGCCUCCUGGGUUCAAGCCAUUCUCCUGCCUCAGCCUUCCCAGUAGCUGGGAUUACAGGCAGACACCACCAUGCCCAGCUAAUUUUUGUAUUUUUUUUUUUUUUUUAGUAGAGACAAGGUUUCACCAUGUUGGCCAGGCUGGUCUUGAACUCCUGAUCUCAUGAUCCACUUGGCUUCCCAAAGUGCUGGGAUUACAUGUUUGAGCCACCAUGCCCAGCUGCUACUAUCGUUUUAACUCAUCUUUGGCAUAUUAUGUGUGUGUGGCAUAAAAUUUAUUAAAAUAACAUCUGUGAUACACAAUAAAACAUCAAAUUCAGGACAUUAAGUAGUAAUUCAGACUUCUACCCUUUCAUCUUAAUUAUCCAAUUUGUUGAAAUAAAAUAUGGUUUUUCAUCAAUGAUUAUUUGGGUAAUGACUUAUUCACUUAGUAGAUUAAUGGAGGUAUUUCUAAGCAGUGUUUAGUUUAAAUCUCAGAUCAUUUUUGUUGGAAAUCUUGAUAAAAGAUAAUUAAAAUAUGAUUUAGGCCAUCACUUUCAAAGGACUUAAGAUCAAGAGGACACUAAAAAUAAUUUUAUCCCUCACCUAGAACAUACUUCUAUUUGUCUUA